AUGGGCGUCUUAGUAUAUCUUUGUCCGUUCAAGAAAAACAAGGCUAAUAAAAGAGUUAAUUGGAUGUUCACUGAUAUGUUAAAAUCCAAGGCUACCUACAAUGACACUCCAAGUACAAACAUGUUUGAUGAUGGUAAAACAAAAGGAGAAACUCAGGAAUUACAGAUAUUUAGCCUUGCUUGUUUAGCCAAUGCUACAAACAACUUCUGCUUGGACAAUAAGUUGGGAGAGGGAGGUUUUGGACCAGUUUACAAGGGUAUUGAAGAGUUCAAGAAUGAAGUUGUAUUGAUCUCCAAACUUCAACACCGUAACCUUGUGAAACUGUUGGGUUGUUGUGUUGAAGGAGAAGAAAACAUGUUAAUUUAUGAGUACAUGCCCAAAGGAAGCCUGGAUGCAUUUCUAUUUGCUUUCAUGUUUACAUUUAUCACAAGUCUAAUUUCCACCGCUGCUAAUUCAAGGAUGUUUGCAAUUACGGCAGAUCCAGAUAAGAAAGCACUGCUAGAUUGGAAUAAGCGCUUCAACAUCAUUGGAGGGAUAACUAAAGGCCUUCUUUACCUUCACCGUGAUUCUCGUUUAAGAGUUAUUCAUAGAGAUCUCAAAGUCAGUAACAUUCUAUUGGAUGGAAACAUGACCCCUAAAAUUUCAGAUUUUGGAAUGGCACGAAUAUUUGGUGUUGAUCAAAUUAUAGCUAAUACUAACCGGGUCGUUGGUACAUUUGGUUACAUGCCUCCCGAAUAUAUAAUGCGAGGCACUUUUUUGGAAAAGUCAGAUGUCUUUAGUUUUGGAGUGUUGAUACUAGAAAUUUUGAGCAUUAAGAGAAAUAACAGCUUUGAAAAUCCUGAACAAUCUUUAACCUCCUACUUCAUACUUGGAAACUUUGGAAUGAAGGCAAAUGGUCAGAGGUUGUCGAUGAGGCUUUGGAAUAGCGCAAUGGAUAGGCCAACCAUGGCUGAAGUGGAUCUCAUGCUUGGCAGUGAAACUUAUCGCCCAGCACCAAUAGAUUUACUAUCCCAGCAUUAUCAGAUAAGCCAAGUUUCAAUCCAAAUCACUGCUCAAAUAUUAAUGUCACUUUCACCUCAGUUGAAGGUCGAUAAGAUGCCAGAUCUAUAG